GGGAAUCCGCCCCGCUCCCCAGAACUUCCAGACAGCAGCCUGAUCCGGGCUGGCUCCCGGGGCUCCAGGCCGGGCUCCGCAGCAGGCAGCCCGGCCCCGGGAGUGGGACCCCUUCCUCCCCACCCGGGGGGCCCCCACUUCCGGCCGUAGGCACCUGGGCUCAUCGCGGGGACGCUGCCUCUUGGUGGCGAGACCCCUGGGGGCCACAGUGGUCCUGGCUGCGACGGCGCCACGAGGACCUUUGAGCAUCGUCCCGGGCCGAUGUCCCAGGUGAGUGGCCAGCACCCCCCUCACUGCGACGCGCCCCAUGGAGCCCCCAGCGCAGCCCCGGGCCCAGCCCAGACCCCAUCCCUCCUUCCUGGGCUGGAGGUAGUGACCGGAUCCGCUCACCCCGCAGAGGCAGCGCUUGAGGAGGGCUCCCUGGAGGAAGCAGCGGCACCCCCCAUGACCCAAGGCAAUGACCCUGAGGCCCCCCAGACCCUGGACAGCACUGACCUCGAUGUCCCCAUAGAAGCUGUGACAUGCCAGCCCCAGGGGAACCCCUUGGACUGCACCCCACUAGUGGCGAAUGGCUCUGACCACCCCUCGGAGCUGGGCGGCACCAGGCGGACGGGGAACGGUGCCCUGGGUGGCCCCAAGGCCCACCGGAAGUUGCAGACGCACCCAUCUCUUGCUAGCCAGGGCAGCAAGAAGAGCAAGGGCAGCACCAAGUCCGCUGCCUCCCAGAUUCCCCUCCAGGCGCAGGAAGACUGCUGCGUCCACUGCAUCUUGUCCUGCCUGUUCUGCGAGUUCCUGACGCUGUGCAACCUGGUCCUGGACUGCGCCACGUGUGGCUCCUGCAGCUCCGAGGACUCAUGCCUCUGCUGCUGCUGCUGCGGCUCCGGCGAGUGCGCCGACUGUGACCUGCCCUGCGACCUGGACUGCGGCAUCCUGGACGCCUGCUGCGAGUCGGCCGACUGCCUGGAGAUCUGCAUGGAGUGCUGCGGCCUCUGCUUCUCCUCCUGACCCCUGCACGCUCCGGAGGCCGCCCCGUGUCCCUGGCUGUCACCCCAGGCCACGCCGCCCCCUCCCCCUGGGCCCUUCCCAUCCGCCCUGCACCCUCCUGGAACCCCAGCCCAGUGAGCGGGGGAGCCGGUCCUCCUUCCCGGUUUCCCAGGACCUAGUGGGGGGCGACGGGAGGGGGGACGGCUCCUGGAUCAGCUGCCAGGGCUGCCGAACACUGUGAAAGUUGGGGGAGGGGCAGGGGCAUGGGGGAGGCUGGGGUGCGGGGCUGUGCACUCCUCUACCUCUCACUGCCCCUGUGCCUGCCUCCCCUGCCCCCAUCCCAGGCUUCGAGGACAGCAAAAUGUGAAAAGAAACAUCCCACCCGACCUCAGCCAAACCCCUCCCCCGUCCCCUCCUGGGGUCUUGGUGGGGGGACCUGACCCAUACAGUGACCCCAGAGGGCAGGGCUGGCCUUGGGCCCAGGGUGGGGUGGGAGUGGGCAACGGUAUAGAAAAGACUGGAAGGGGAGAGGGAGGGAAUGGAGGGUGGGUCCGUUCUGUUUGUUGCUGUAAAUAAAGAUGUAUGUCCAUCUCA